AUGGGUUGGCAGUACAACCAGCGCAUCUCAGAGUUUCUUGAGGUCCAGCUGGAAAAGGCCCAGGCCAUCCAGCCGCCACAGGAUGCGGGGAAAGCUGAUGUGGAAGCCUUUGAAAAGCAGCUGGCGAAGGGGACAAGGCUUUUGGCAAAGCAUGCCCAGCUUUUCGACAUCAGGGACUUCUACACGACAGCGGACGCUCAACAAGGGGCGCAGCAGAUAUGCGCAGUGCUGCGAGAGAUUGCGGAGCUCUGGCACGGUCAUGAGGCAGUGUCGAUCGCCGAGACUGUGCCAGAGGAUUGGGUAGAAGAGGACAGGCACCUGCUGCAGAGGCUGCUGAAUUAUAUCCUCAAUGGCGUGGAGGACGAGGCAGAUGAACACGUGCGGCAGUGCUGGGGCUACGCCAAGGCCAAGCACGAGUACAGGCUGAAGUGGGUGAAGGUCGUGGAACGAGAGGAGAUCAUUGUGGGUGAGCGCAUGGCCCAGGGAGGCAAGGGCGUGGUGUUCAGGGCAACCUUGGGCGGCCAGGAAGUCGCGGUGAAGCGGCCGCAGUGGGAACAGGACCUGCCCCUGGAGGAUCUGGCAGAGUUCGCCCGUGAAGUGUCCAUGCACGCCAUGCUGAACUACCACCCAAAUGUUGUGCAGCUGCUGGCGACCACCUCUUGCGGCUGGUUGGUCAUGGAGCUGGCAGAAUCUGACCUGCACACGCUGUGCCGGAAGAAGCUGGCAUAUGGGGUCAAACUGGCACUGCUGCAGCAGGCAGCGGCGGGGCUGAUCUGCAUGCACGCGCAGAAUCUGGUGCAUGGCGACAUAAAGAGCAAGAACUGCCUGAUUUUCGGGGAGGACCCGGAGCACCCUGUUCUGAGGCUCAGUGACCUGGGGCUGACAUUCGAGGUGGGUCAGUCGCGCAGCAAGACGAUCCGCCGUGGCGGGGGCACGCCCGCAUGGAUCGCACCCGAGAUCUAUGAUGGCAGGCCUAUUGACAAGGCCUCAGACGUUUAUAGCUUCGGGGUGCUCAUGUAUGAGCUAGUCUCUGGCAAGGAGCCCUACGGAGCUGGUAGGAACACAACUGAGUAUGCACUGAUGGCACUGAAGCUUUCCGAGGCAGAGCCAUGUCAGGUGCGGCCACAGGACUGUCCCAAGGCGAUGUACGAUUUGAUGCGGCGGUGCUGUGUGAUCGAUCCGAGCAAGAGACCCACAAUGGAGGAAGUGGGAAAAGCCCUUGAACAGAUGCCGACCGAUGUGGUCUGGGAGGUCCCAUGGGAGCCAGACCUGGCUCCAUCCCACACUGACGCGGAGUGGGCGCGCACAGCUUCCGACAUCUUGGCAGAUCUCAAAGACAGCAUAGCCCACCUGCCUCCGUUUCCUCUCCCAGGCCAGGAAUCCGAUGCCGAUUCUGCUGGUCAGGCCCCAGGCCCACCAGCCCCAUUGGUGCGCAGAUUGCUUCUGGAUGGGGAGCAAGGGCUCGCCAUCAGCAGUGAGCUCCGCAGGGUGGAUGGUCAGGUGGUGUACGACCUGCGGAUGGCCAACGAGACGGCGGCUCCCAUGGAGGAUGUGGCAAUCAAGAUUAUGGAGAACUCGUUUGGGCUGCAGCCUGUGGAUGAGGCCAACAGGAUCCCUUGCAUUGCGCCGCAUUCAGUCCACGCUGUGGCUGUGCCCCUCUGCCGCCAGCCCUCCGCACUGUCAGAAGGUCCUGCCCGUGACACCCUGAACGUCGUUGCAAAUAUUGGUCAAGCCUCCAGCCUGCUGUGCUUCCAGGAGACCCUGCCAGUGGAGGUGCUUUUCAACAAAGGGGCUGAGAUGGAUCCAGAAAGCUUCCGUGGGGAAUGGGGGAAGCUGGGUGAAGAGCGGCAGAAGGAGCAGACGAUCGAAGCAACAAUUUUUGAUUUGGAUGCGAGCCAGGCAGCUUUGCGGGAUGCCAACAUUGCCAUUGUGGCAUGCUCACAGAUAGACAACUCAGACCGGGAAGACAUUUGUUCCAGGUGUCUAGUGGAGAGCAUGUCUGCCCAGGUCCUGCUGCAGCUGAGGUUCCAGCAAGGCAUCCUGGGCAUUGACUGCACAUUGCGGAGCGAGAGACCAGACCUGGGCCCCCUAGUCUUCAGUGCUGUGCGACGCAUCCUGAGCAGGGUACGUCAACCUCAUCCAGGCACUGAUGGCAGUGUCUACAUUGAGGAGAGCAGCGGGCAGGAAAUCUCAUUGUCUCAGGAGCUCCCUGUUGUCCAGUCUGAGGUACCGUCAUCACCCAACACUGCAAGGGCAACCACCUUUGACCUCAUGGCAUCAGCCACCACUGAGGCAUCCCCGCCUUCCACGGAUGGUUCCAGAACCUUUACUCCGACCAUCCAGACCUCGAACUUGGACAGCCAGGCAUCAAUCUAUUCGGAAACUUCUGGACGAUGUUCCAAUAUAGCUUUUCCAUCGCCUCCACAAUCUCCUUCCCCCUCUUCACGCCGCUCUCCCUUUAUGCUGACACAAUACUCAGAGCCACUGGAUCUGCAUUUGGCAAGCUCCCCACCACAACCGAGCCCUGCAGACACUGUCGGUGCCGUAACACGUAGCGCCAAGUCGGCAACAGCAUUUCGGCCAAUGCUGCCGUUUCCAAAGCCUGUCAGGCCUGACAUGAGGUCAACCACCACUGUUGAGGAGAUGGAGCCUGACAGCGAGCGGGAGCUUCAAGAAGCAGCAAAAGCUGGACUUGUGAAGAGGGUGAUCGCUCUGUUGGAGCAUGGCGUCAAUGUUAAUGCCACAGGCAUAUGGUUCGCUGGCACUGCUUUGCGUUUGGCAGCGGUCCAUGGUCACGUGGACGUGGCGGAAGUGCUUCUUGACAAGGGAGCAAACAUCAAUGCCAAGGACAGGGAUGGGAAUACAGCCCUGCACUUGGCAGCAUGUGAAGGCCAAAUGGAAAUGGUCAAGUUUCUUCUCCAGCGGCGGGCGAACAAGCACAUCAGGAACCAUAAUGGGAUUCUCUGGGGAGACACUGCCGCGGACGUGGCCAAAAACGAGGGCCACGAAAAAAUCGCAAAAUUCAUCAAGGGCUGGGGAGGAUGGCGGGGCGGCUGUGUGAGAUCACCCGUCGCGAUGUUCAGAACCUCUCCGCGAAAAUGA